CCGAUGUUCCCGAAACCUGAGCACAUAUCAUCGCCCGUCUUCAUCGUAACGACGAAAUGAACCGCACCAUCAGCCACACAUCGCUAAACGACGAUCACAGCGGGCUGUUCGAUGCGAUCGAAAAAUGAUCGACGAUUCGCGCCGCGUACCCUGAAAACCAGACAAUAAAUAACGAGUUGUGAAGUGGUUGUUUCGCGUACCCUACACUGUUCGCGGUUCAGGUCGUUUUUCGCAAUUUUAUUUUUGGUUUUGGGCAGGAGAACGCGACGAAGAUGUACAAACUAAUUCUGGGAUCCAUAGUAUAUUUUAUUUCUUUCGGGAAUUCCCAAUGGUCUUGUGCCCUGAUAAUAUUGCUAGCUAUUACUACAGUUAUUAAAGCAGAAUGUCAAACGAGACAGAUCUACUGCUACGAAUGCGACAGUUGGUCGGACAUGCGGUGCAAGGACCCAUUUAAUUACACAGCCUUGCCCAGGGACCAACCCCCAUUGAUGACGUGCAACGGAUGCUGCGUGAAAAUGGUCAGGAACGCUAAAUCUCCAUAUGAGGUGGUGCGACGGACGUGCACGUCCCAGCUUCAGAUCAAUCUCUUCAUGGUGGACCACGUGUGCAUGAUGGAAAGUAGCGGCACUGGGCACAUGUGCUUCUGUGAGGAGGACAUGUGCAAUGGGGCGAGGGGCGGCCCCCUGGGCCGCUCCAGUGGCAUGCUAAUGACACUGGCGUCGACCGCAGCUUCUUUGUUGGCGCUACGACGCCUCUGCAUGACUAGGUAGAUCUUAUGUCACUAUGACGGCUAAUAUUAAAGUGGCUGUGGCUGGCUGGCUAGUGUAGCUGAACAGUAGACAACUGUCAUGGUCUUGUACAAGUAGUGGACUGAGAAUGGUAUUGAGUUUGUUGUUUUUUAUUAUGGUUUGGGUUUGCGGCGCAGUACAUUUGAUAACUAACUUCUAGAUUCGUUCUUGGUCUCUAUGGUUUUUAUCAGAAUAAUAUGAUAAUAUCAAUAAUGAAUUACUUGUAUUUCUAUUAGCAAUAAUGUCCUUCGAAUCUAAGUAUAUAAAUGCAAUAGGAUCAUUGUGGUUGCAGUUACGCCUAUUUUUUUCAAAUUAAAACAGUUGUCACAAUUUUGUAUAAGAUGGUCCUGAACAAGUUAAUACAAUAAACAUAAAGGUGCAAUCAAUAAAAUAUUAGAUGUUUACAAACCUGUUAUGUACAAAUAUAAUCACUUCUCUCUAUUAACUGGUUCAUUAUCGUUGUAUAUUCCUAAAUUAUGCUGUAGUAAUAGAAUAUACUGUAUACUAUAAUAAUAAUAAUAAAAAAGACCAAGGAUGAUUCACAAUUUUUAUACAUUCCAGAAUAUUUUCCAAUAAAAUCUUUUAAAUCAUCUAGAAGUAGUUGCUUGUUUCCCCAGUUCUUCCAUUGUUCAAAUGUACUGUGUGAGAAUGAUUUACAUCUUCCUGAUAACUUGCUUCAAAUUAUUGUUGUGAUCGUUUUUGGGACCGGAAUUAUUCCAUGUACCAUGAACGUUUUAAACGUAUUUUUUAUUUUGUACAUAUAUUUAUUAUCGAAGCUGUUUCAUAAACAGUUUCAUUGUACAUUGAACUAAUUUUAACGAUGAUUCCUAAGCUCUAAAAAUUGAGUAUCUAGUAACGAGUCAAUUGUUUGAAGCAUUGUUGAUAUUAAGUUAGGUAGACUUUAGCAAUACUAAAAAAACCAAUAACUAACACGAAAAUAAUAUAUUUCCCUCCAAAAUUCUCGAAAUAACUUAGAACGUUGCUACAGUUAUCGAAAAUUUUGUUUUGGCAAAAGAAAAAUAACAAUAAUGUAGUGUGGUACAACGUUUUCGAUUACAAGUUAACAAUGCCGUUGUACCACAACUGCGUAUAAGCACUUACACAUGUUUAAACCGGAAAUUUACCAUACACAUUGUGCAUGCAUGCAUUUUUGUUUUCUGAUUUUUUUAUGGUGAUGUGUAAAUGCUUAUCCCCCCGCAAUCAAACGAUGUAUUAAAUUUUUGGCGCAAUGAGACCAAGUACGGUACCUUUAACUAAACAUAGAAUUUACAUUAUUUAAAUAUUAAAAAUAACCCUAAGGCAGAAUAAAUGUAUGUUUAGUUCAUGCCCAAAACACACAUUUAAUUGUAUGCAUGUUUUGCAUGAACGAUUCGAUUUGUCGAGGGCUACGUUUGCCAUGAAAUCUAAAAUAGUCUAAACAAAAAAAAAAACAUCGGUAGUUGAGAACAGGUACUUUUAAAUAACAAUUAGGAAUAUACUACUUAAUAUUGUAUAUAAUAAUGCACACACCGUCAAAAUUAAACGUGAUAAUGUAGCGUUUCCGUAGAACAUAUUAAAAUUUUCUGUCUUGAGGUAACACUAAUAACUCACCACUGUGUAAAAAGUUAUUAUAUAUUUUUAACAUUUCAAUUCAGAUUUAUCACGGGGUUUUAAGACUAAAUAUAAUUCUAGUCUGUAAGCUAAAAAUAUAUUCUAAAUAUUUGAAUUAUUUGCUCAGGAUGAAACAAAUCAAGUAAGUUAAUAGGCAGCUUUACAGUGUAGUGAAUCCUAUUCCCGACGUUUGGCAUGCUACUAACAAUAAAAUUGAUUGAGAAAAUCAGGAUGUUCAUAUCAUAAUUCGAAUAAUCGUCAUUCAAAACAAAUAAUUAAAAGGUCGAUUCACAAUUUUUGAGUAUCCAGUUGUUGUUAUUAAAUUCUAAAGUCCGUUACUUCGUCAAAGUAGUUUUAAAAAAAUCUUAUUGCAAACCAGCGCCGAGUGGUAUAUCAUCACGACCCAUUGUGUGUAAAUUCACCAUCAAAAUGUGUGAAACGACCAUAAAAUACUAAUAAUUGUUUCGUUAAUUCAAUGUUUAUCCAUGUUAUUCUAAUUGUAAUUAAAUAUAGAGUAUAUAUUUACUAAGUACUGACUACAUUAUAGAUAAAUCGUUUUUUAGAUACGCUAGUAUUAAUAAAUUUUAGGAUGUAGGAGCAUGAUUGCACGAACCGCACAAUAUUGGUAUUAGAAAUUUGCAAGGAUGCUUGUUUAUUUUGUUGUGGAAUUUUAAUCAGACAGAGAUAUGACCCACUGCCUCUGCUACAUUUCAGUAUUUUUAAGUAGAACAUUUAAAAAUGACUGGACUGUUACAGAACCCAUCAACCAGAAAUUAUAAACGAGAACCGUGCCAAACACUUUAAAUGUAAUAAAAUAUGUUCUCGUUCGCAAGGACAGUCAUAUUUCAAUUCUGAAAAAUCUCACAGCGAACUCGUCAACAGCAUGAAAAAUAUUGCUUUCGACUGAACCGAAAAAAAAACCGUACGACACUCCACCUCACAGAAGUUACAAAACGCCUUGUACGAUAUUUACGUCAUGUACGCGAACAAUUCGAUGAUUGCACGCGACAUACCCUGCGACAAAAAUAAUUUCCCGCUUAGACAAUCGUUCCCUUCCCCAUAUUUGUUGUCUAAUUGUGUUUGUUUUCGAAUGUACAGAAAAAUGUGUUUAUUGAAUUGUAAGGUGUGGAACGAUUGUAGUGUCGCUGGGUAUGCCGCAUCUGCAAGUGUUUCGACUCUUUAAAAAUUUUCCCCUUUUUAGAUAUAUAAUUCUUAUGAUAAUUGUUGAUGUAGAUUUGGGCAUAUCAAAAAUGUAUAAUAAAUUAUAUUAAUAUUAA